UAUAAAGGGCCCAUUCUAGGGUAAAGAAAACAACAAUUCGUACAAUUAGAUGAAACACACUAGUGAAAACAUCACAAGAUUUUUUUUAUAUUCAAUUUCUUCAAAUAGAUCCCAUUUUUAAGACCUACUUGAAAAAAAACACAUUACACAUGGGAAGUAUACAUUCAAACAAUAUAUUAAACUACAGAAAAAUACACAGGAAUAAAUACACAGAGAAUAAUAAUAAUAAUAAUAAUAAUAAUAAUAACAAUCACCAAAAAUGUUGAUUAGGGUCCAGUAAAAAUGUCCAUUAAAAAAGAAGAUAAACAUUAAAACAAGGUGUGAAUCAUGCUGUGGCCUCUCCAGUCACAAUAUCUGAACAUGCUUUAACCAUCUAUCUUUUUCUUCUUCUAUUUUGGACUGACAUGUUAGACGUUGCUCCCCAUCACCAUCACUUAACACCAAAUGAGAUAUCAUCGAAUACUAUUUGGAAGAAGGAUAUGAAUCCCUCAGUUAGAGUUCCAUAGUCUUGUAUUGCCAAGGUGCAUUGAUGCUGUUAUAGUAGCUUGGGAUGGCCCAACUCUUGAUGUUUGUUUUCCCUUUAACUUGUCCCCCGUCUGUUUCUCAAUAUAAAGCAGUGUUGUUAUUUUGAGUUGAUCAGAGCCAAGUUUAUAUAUAAAAAGAUGCAUUUCUCUUGCAGCUACUUGUAUGUUCAGGUCAUCAGCUUGUGUCCUUACAGUUAAGGUAUAGCAGAUUACGAUUGCAACUACCUGCUGUACGUCAUGUAGGCUGAACAUAACUCAGAGGUGUCGUGUUGCACUGACAGGACUGUGGGCUUUUGAACAAUACACACCUUCUCCACUCAGGUUAAUAACAGAGCCACUAUUUAGUAAUGUAACACAAGUUAUCCGCUCUGUACGCACAUCAUGUUUGUUAACUCUCUGUACUCUGGCAGCAGUAGCUUUAACCUUCACUGCUGGUAAGAUAAUCAACCUAUCAUGUUUUAUGGACACAAACUAUCUUCCAGACUGAGCUGUUAUGGGGAAGGAGAAGCUCCACAUAAACAUUGUGGUAAUAGGACAUGUUGACUCCGGCAAGUCCACCACCACCGGCCACCUCAUCUACAAGUGUGGGGGCAUUGACAAGAGAACCAUCGAGAAGUUUGAGAAGGAAGCUGCUGAGAUGGGAAAGGGCUCCUUCAAAUAUGCCUGGGUCCUGGACAAGCUGAAGGCAGAGCGUGAGCGCGGCAUCACCAUUGAUAUCUCUCUUUGGAAGUUUGAGACCAGCAGGUACUACGUCACCAUCAUCGACGCUCCAGGACACAGGGACUUCAUCAAGAACAUGAUCACAGGGACUUCUCAGGCCGACUGCGCUGUGCUGAUUGUGGCUGCAGGCGUGGGCGAGUUUGAAGCUGGCAUCUCUAAGAACGGGCAGACUCGUGAACACGCCCUCCUUGCCUACACCCUGGGAGUGAAGCAGCUCAUUGUGGGCAUCAAUAAAAUGGAUUCCACUGAGCCCAACUACAGCCAGAAGCGCUACGAGGAGAUCGUGAAGGAAGUCAGCACUUACAUCAAGAAGAUCGGCUAUAACCCUGACACUGUGGCCUUUGUGCCCAUCUCUGGUUGGAAUGGAGACAACAUGCUGGAACCCAGCCCUAAUAUGACCUGGUUCAAGGGCUGGAAGAUCAACCGUAGAGACGGUAAUGCCUCAGGCACCACGCUGCUGGAGGCUCUGGAUGCCAUCCAGCCUCCCUCGCGCCCCACCGACAAGCCCCUCCGUCUGCCUCUGCAGGAUGUCUACAAAAUUGGAGGCAUUGGUACUGUACCAGUGGGACGAGUGGAGACUGGAAUCCUAAAAUCUGGCAUGGUGGUGACCUUUGCUCCUGUCAACGUGACCACUGAGGUCAAGUCUGUGGAGAUGCACCACGAGGCUCUGACUGAGGCGCUACCUGGCGACAAUGUGGGCUUCAACGUCAAGAACGUGUCUGUGAAGGAUAUUCGCCGUGGGAAUGUAGCUGGAGACAGUCGAAACGACCCACCACAGGAGGCGGCCAGCUUCACCUCUCAGGUGAUUAUCCUAAACCACCCCGGUCAGAUCAGUGCGGGCUACGCCCCUGUGCUGGACUGCCACACUGCACACAUCGCAUGCAAGUUCGCUGAGCUCAAGGAAAAGAUUGACCGUCGCUCAGGUAAGAAGCUCGAGGACAACCCCAAGGCCCUGAAGUCUGGAGAUGCUGCCAUUGUGGACAUGAUCCCCGGCAAGCCCAUGUGUGUGGAGAGCUUCUCCGAGUACCCACCACUGGGGAGGUUUGCCGUCCGUGACAUGCGUCAGACGGUGGCGGUGGGAGUGAUCAAGGGCGUGGACAAGAAAGCCCCCACCAGUGGUAAGGUCACCAAGUCAGCACAGAAGGCGCAGAAGGUCAAAUGAACGUUGUGCUGGGCUGCUGCCCUGAACGCUCACCAUGGCAGAAGACACACUAGCACCCCACCCCUUCUGCACAACAUAGUCAGUGUCUGGUCUAUUAUCACAAUGCAUCGCAAAAGCAGACGAAGGAAAAAACUCCCACACUGUAACUGAAUAACACGUUGAAAAACUAUUAUAUGUAGGUUUCAUUGUCACGCAGUUCGUGACAGAACAACAACAAAUAUGUGUUACAGCUCUCUGGUUGUGUGCCGUUGUAACUUCGCUGUUUUGCACCAGUAAUCAGGUGCUGAUGUCAUUUUGCCACGCCCAUGCUGAAAUAAUGUACGUAUUUGCCAGAGAGCCCGAGGUAGAUCAAACACUUGCAUGUUGCUGUUCCUGUACCUUAGAGAAACGAGCUUCAGAAACUGUCUGAUGCCUGAAACCGUCAUGCCUUUCACAUUGCUCGACUUAAGCUCCCUUGCAGUAGCUCUGUUGCAGUUACUGUUAAGUUCAUGCACUUUAAUCACUGUUGAUGUUCAUAAAAGUAAAGAUGUUUAAACAGUA